CUCUUUCGGUAUCCAAACACUAACAGGAACAACGCUUUACACACACACACUAGCACUACAAUGAGAUUCACAACAUUGACCGCCGCAACCACGACUGCUCUUGCAGUCGCACAAGCUGCCCCAAUCAACGUUGACGACGCCGCCACCAAGGACGUGUCCAACUCUAAGGGAUUCCUCGACUCCUUAGUCGACUCAAUCUCUUCGUUGAUGGAGUCCAACGAGGAAGCCGGCGCUGCUGACCCAGAAACCCCUGGUGAGCACUGGAAACACUACGGCAAGCAGCAGAAGAAGUACUGGAAGAAGAUCGGCAAGCAGUACAAGAAGAAGUACACGCCUCCAGCUGACUCCGACGACGAAGACGAAGAAGUCGAAGAAAUGGAAGUUGGCGAGCCAGUCGAAACCCCAGGCGAGCACUGGAAACACUACGGUAAGGAGCAGAGAAAGCACUGGAAGAAUGUCGGCAAGCAGUACAAGAAGAAGUACUCUCCACCAGCCUGCUCUGACGACGAAGAAGAAGAGGUCGAAGCAAUUGAAGACGGCGAGCCGGUCGAAACUCCUGGUGACCACUGGAAGAAGAUCGGUAAGGACCAGAAGAAGCACUGGAAGAACGUCGGCAAGGACCAGAAGAAGAAGUACACUCCACCAGCAGACUCCGACGACGAGGAGGCUGAACUCAUGGAAGUCGGCGAGCCAGUCGAAACCCCAGGUGAGCACUGGAAACACUACGGCAAGGAGCAAAGAAAGCACUGGAAGAAGGUUGGCAAGCAAUACAAGAAGAAGUACACCCCACCAACCGAAUCCGAUGACGAAGACGACUCCGAAAUGAUGGAAGUUGUGUUCAUGCUCGCCGAAGAACCAGUUGAGACUCCAGGUGACCACUGGAAGAAGAUCGGUAAGGAUCAGAAGAAGCACUGGAAGAACGUCGGUAAGCAGUACAAGAAGAAGUACACUCCACCAGCCGACUCUGACGAUGAAGACGUCGAGUUAAUGGAAGCUGGUGAGCCAGUUGAGACUCCAGGUGACCACUGGAAGAAGAUCGGUAAGGACCAGAAGAAGCACUGGAAGAAGAUUGGCAAGGACCAGAAGAAGAAGUACACUCCACCAGCCGAUUCUGACGAUGAAGACGUCGAGUUAAUGGAAGCUGGUGAGCCAGUCGAAACCCCAGGUGAGCACUGGAAACACUACGGCAAGGAGCAAAGAAAGCACUGGAAGAAGGUUGGCAAGCAAUACAAGAAGAAGUACACUCCACCAGCUGACUCUGACGACGAGUUAGAUGCUGAAGCAUUGCUUUAAGUUAUGCUACCAUAUCGAGUUUCGAACGAAUUCUAAUUUUCACUUACUGGGUCUACUUUUUUUAACUUCUUAAUUAUUCAUUCCUUUUUCACUUUUCUCUUGGGCAUUUCACUUAUCUAAUUGUUUAUUUAUUCUAUUUCUAACUAGAGUUUACGUUUAUCUAUGAAUCUACUACAGCGCCUCUGUGAAAAAAUCACAGCAGCAGCAGCAAGCAAAAACCCG